CCCGCGCUCGCUCUGAGCUGGGCUCCCCGCACCGGGAGAUUUCUCUCUCUUCUCACCUUUCUCACAGAUUACUACUCGGCUCGUCGGGGCCACAUUCAAGCGCAACAACGAACCCUCGCCGCCCGCUACUUUGCACGCUUAGCGGGGACUGCGGGGGCACCGUGAAGAUGAUUAAACUGGAGAAUCAGACCCUGAGGGCAGAGAGGGUGGAAGAUCUGCCGGUGCCAGAGUACACGCUGCGAGAGGAUGUGGAGCAGCACGCGGCGCGGCUCACGCAGCAGCUGAACGAGCAGCGCCUGCAGCAGCCACACCUGUGCGACGUGGACGUGGUUGUGGUGGAGGGCACCGGCGCUGGACACAAGCACAAGAACAAACAGAAGCAGCGGCAGCACAAGUUCCCCGCUCACCGGGGCGUGCUGGCUGCAGGGAGCCGUUUCUUCGGCGGCCUCUUUGCGACCGAGGGCCUCAAGCCGUCCGUCGGUCGUGGCCGCCAGCGCCUGGAACUGCGCCUGCAGGAAUUGUCGGCGCGUGGCUUCCAGCACGUGCUGGGCUUCAUCUACACGGCCAAAGUGCACGUCACCAAAGGCAACGUGCAGGAUGUGAUGAGCACAGCACGCGCCCUGCACCUCGACCAGCUCGCAGAGUCCUGCCAGAAGCUGUUAAACACGCGGGCCUUUGAUGUGGCAGACUCCAACAUGGCCAGCGCGGAGGGCCUGACCAACCCGGGGCAGUCCGCGGAGGGGCAGCAUGCGCAGCCCCAUGAAGACAACGACAUCAUUUAUCAUGGCGAUGCAGAAGACUCCGAUUCGGACGCGUCGACCAAAGCAAAAAACUCUGACAGCGACAGAGACUGGGAGAGCGGCGGGGAUGAUGAAGAUGAUGACGAGGAGGAGGAGGACGAUGAUGAGCAGAACUUUGACUAUGGAUUGCGUCGCAGCACCAGGUCCUAUCUGCAUCCAGACGACAAGCAGAUCAUUGUGGAGUUGAAUUUGAAUAACCAGACUCUACAUGUCUCACAGGGCUCCGGAGAUAUAAUCACAAGCAGAUCUAAAGGCAAGCGGAAGAAAGUAAAGAAAGAGGUGAAGGAAGAGUUAAAUGAGGAAAUCAAGCAGGAGGAACCGGGCAGUGAAGAUGAAAAGAAACACCGACCCCGCCGCGGUCGCCCUCCUCUCACCUCCAAGGACGUGCGGAGGAGAGGCAAGAGGAAGAGGCCCCCUGUGACACCUCGGAAGGUGAAGAAGAUUGAAGAAAAGGAACGCUUCCCUUGCAGCAAGUGCAAGCGGGUCUUCAAUAACAAGAUCUACUUACAGAAGCACCUGACUGUGAGCCACAAGAGAAGCCACGUGUGUGAGAGGUGCGAAAAGAGGUUCGUGAAGGAAGAGGAGUUGCGGCUCCAUCAGCAAACAGACUGUGAGAAGAGCAUUCAGUGUGUCACAUGUGAGAAGCAAUUUAAGAAACUCUGGUACCUUCAGCAACACAUUAAGACAGUGCACAGUCUCACAGAGAGGAGUGUGGCCUGUGAUAUCUGUGGUAAAAAGUUUUACACUGUGGCUCAAGUUAAAAAACACUUGGUUGCGCACCGUGAGGAUAUGCCGUACACAUGUGAGACAUGCGGAAAAUCUUUCAAGCGCAGCAUGUCUCUUAAAGUUCACAGCAUGAAGCAUACUGGGCUCAGACCGUACAAGUGUAAGUUUGAGAGCUGUACGGAGUGCUUCAUGUACCGAUAUCAGCUGAGAAACCACAUGAGCGUGCACCUUGGCCACAAGGAGUUUAUGUGCCAAUGGUGUGGAAAGGAUUUCAGCAUGAAGCAGUAUUUUGACGAGCACUUAAAAGUACACACUGGAGAGAAGCCCUACAUCUGUGAGGUAUGCGGCAAGAGUUUCACGAGCCGGCCCAACAUGAAGCGGCAUCGGCGCACGCACACCGGGGAGAAGCCGUACUCGUGCGACGCCUGCGGGCAGCGCUUUCGCUUCUCCAACAUGCUGAAAGCACACCGCGAGAGGUGCCAGCUUGCCGUCGAGAAGAUCAACAUGGACGUGCACAUUGCGGCAAAUCUGUGACGCGCCGUCACUCCACCAGUGUGUCAGAGUGGCCUCGGGUCGUGCGGUUGCGUUCUUUUUAAGGAAGGUUUGUUUAGAGACACACAAAUUGCCACGUUUGUUAAAGAGGAUUCAUAGACAUUCCUUUUUAUGCAAUAUUAUAAACCCAACUUUUAUUAUCCCCAGUCCAUUGAGCCUGAAUCUCCAAAUAAAUCUGUAAUUUAUUCAUGGUCCAUGGUGUUUUGCCAUCUGGCAGCGAUAAGAGUUACAGGCUUUUUUUAAAAAUAAAAGAUCACGUGUUCGUAUACUGCUGCUACUUAAAAUGAAUUUAAUUUUCUUCUACUUUGCAUAGGACAUAUUUGCUGUUCUUUAUUCAGUAGCACUUACCAUAUGUUAUUAUUUGUGUUCAUGACCUGGACACAUGUUGUUAUGUUACAUUUAUAUCAUAUUUCAUCGUAUUUAAGAAAAAUAUUUUUUUAGGUUACGUAAACUUAAUUAGACGAUUUUGCAGGCACUUUGUACUUUGCUGUACUGUUAGCGCAUACAACUUAGCCCCUUGUCAUAGGAUUUCCAAAAAAAUGGUUUGACCAUUUGAGGAGUGAAAACAACUGGUUGUGCCUCAAACGCAACGUGAUUAUUAUUAUUGAGACACCUUGAAUAAUAUAUACUAAUAGCAUUGUACCAGAAUAGGUACAUAAUAUAUGCCAAAAUGGCUUUUUCAUUUUUUUACGUAUUUGCAGUACAGUAUUCAAACAGCCGUUUAAUGCUUUGACGUAUUAUUGCUGCAGAUCGACUCGUGCAGUAAUGUAUUCAUCUAUUUGCAUUUCAUGCAUUUCUGUAGUUUCCCCACACAGAAAUUAGUGUUACAAAAAUCUUUAAACAGGUUGAUCAGUGUAUCAUACUGAUGUCUUAUUAUUGCUAAGUAAACACACCCUGUUAAUCUGUACCUAAAGGUUAUCAGUGCAGGGGUGUUUGCAAAGUACUUUGAGCAUUUUUAACCCACGUAAAGCACUACUUGCCAUUGCACCCUGUAAUUAGUGUAUGCUGCCACGGUUUUAAUACUGCCGGCUCACAGGAAUGACGUGUUAAGCAAUGUCAUUGGAAACGGUAUUUUAAACAACACGAAACAUGACUUAAUGAUGUUCAACAGAUGCUGAUUAUACCAUUAGAGAAUGUGACUGUGAUGUAAUGUAAUUGGAAUAGAACCGUUUUUAUUUCUUAUUGUAAUCAUGUAAUGAAUGUGUUAAUUUUAUUUUGUUAUCGAACAGUAUAAAGAUACUGUGAACUUUUUGUAUGUCAAUCAUCUUUGUAAACAGCAUAUUGAUUCAUGCACAAAAUACAAUAAAAUAAA